UUUCAUGGCUGCCAUUUUAUAUCUAUGUGUGCAUCUUUAAUUGGUUAAAUGGAAUUUUAAAAAAUGUUUUAGAAGUUAUUCCGACCGCAUUGCAUUUUAAAACGUAUUUCUUAGUCUUGCAUACGUCUUGAGAUUUGAACGAUGACGGAGAAGGUGCAAAGGUCCCGGUGUUUUUUCGAUGUAUCGAUUGGUGGGCUUCCGUCGGGAAGGGUGGUUUUCGAACUUUUUACCGAUGUGGUUCCCAAAACCUGCGAAAAUUUUAGAGCGUUGUGUACAGGGGAAAAGGGUUUGGGUCAAGAAACUGGUAAAUCGCUGCAUUAUAAGGACGUAAUAUUCCAUAGGGUUGUAAAAGAUUUUAUUAUACAAGGGGGCGAUUUUUCUAAUGGAAAUGGUACUGGAGGUGAGAGCAUUUAUGGAGGCACAUUCGAAGAUGAAAAUUUCACACUUAUUCAUGACAAGCCUUUGUUGCUCUCUAUGGCUAACAAAGGAACAAAUACCAACGGUUCCCAAUUCUUUAUUACAACGCAACCGGCCCCACACCUCGACAAUGUACAUGUGGUAUUUGGAAGAGUCGUAGCUGGGGUGGACGUUGUUAGGCAAAUCGAGUCGCUGCCAGUAGAUGCAAAUAGUAGGCCACUGCAGGAUGCCAAAAUCAUCAAGUGCGGUGAAUUGGUUAGGCAAGUGAAAGCCAAGAAGAAGAAAUCCGAAGCCCGCGAGGGCGAGGGGGCCGACGAUUCCGACCGCUCCGACGGCGAGGAGAAAAGGAAGAAGAAAAAGGACAAGAAGCCGAAGAAAGAGAAGAAACCGAAAAAAGAGAAGGAGGAGGGCGAGGCAACGGACGCGGACGAAGAUGGCGAAGCCAAGGAGCCUCACUGGUUGGUGACGGUGUCCGACAUCAAUCCAGACGAAAUUCCAGAGGUGCCGUCCAAUAAGUUCCUGUUGAGGGGCGGACCGGACAAGGACAAAGAGGGUGAUAGAAGGCCCGACAAGUUCCGGAGGGGCGGGAGGGACGACUACAGCAACCGCAACAAUUAUAAUCGGCGACCGCGCCGCGUAAUCACUACCAAAAGCGGGAGGGUCAUCAAAGGAAGGGGGAAAUUCAGAUUUAGAACGCCGUCGAGGAGUCGGUCACGCAGCACCACGCCCAUCCACUGGAAAAAGGAGGAGUCCCGAGUUAUCAAGCUCUCGGAGCUGGAGAAGUUGGAGGAGGAGCGCCGCAAGCGGGAGGAGAGGAGGAAGAUGCAUGAGGCGAUCCAGGCGUCGCAGCAGAUGCCCAAGGAAAGGCGGAAAUACAAUAUAACGAGCACCCCGCCGAGUUCGCCACCCAGGAAGACGGACAACAAGCAGCGGGAGAUGGAUUAUAACGCCUUGGAUUAUGAGGAGGAGGACUUGCCCAGGAAGCAGGUCCCCAGUCUCGUUCAGUAUCCUCUGCCGGGCGCCUACAAAGAGUUCAAGGGGCCGGACAAGCCGCCAGUGAAGCGUGUUUCGCCGCCCCGGGACCCUAAGGGUCAGGAGGUGCUGGUGCUCAACGAGAGAUCGGAGAAGCUGGCGCUCGCCCUUGGGGUGGAGGUGAAAACGGGCGAAGACCCGCCCACCGGAGAGAUAACGUUUAGCGGCUACGCGAACAAGCAAAAGAACUUUAACAACAACAACAACUUCGCGCAGUUCGACAACGCGAUCGCGACGAGGGGGGCGGCAGCGGUGACGGCGGGUUCCGCUGCGAUCGAGCACGAGGUGCCCCGGAAUGUGGUGCAGAGCAAGGUACGUGAAGUGAGGGAUAACGAAAGGAGGGGCAGAAACAAGUUUGCAAUCGAGAAGCCGACGGGCGGCAGGGAACCGUUCCAGACGAACGGACGGUACCAGCGGGAGGACCGGCACCGUUCGGAAACUACCCGUAGCCGCGUACAAAUCGUCAAAAGGGACCCCGAGCGACGCGAUCGUGAAAACAGGUCAGAGAGGCACCACCGGUCCCGGUCGAGGGACCGGCACCGGAAGGUGAGCUCUUCAGAUGACAGGCGGAAGGCGAGGAGGUCGAGGUCGCGAUCCCCGAAACGGGAGGAGACGAAAAAGAGCGACGAGAACGAGGCGGAGGAGAAAUACAGGAAGCUCCUGAUACUGAGGAAGAAGAUGGAGUUGUUGGAGUUGAAAAAGAAGAAGGAGGAGGAGCAGCGGUUGCUGGAGGAGAAACAGAGGAAGUCAAAGGAGGAGCAGGAAAUGCUGGAGCGGGCGAAGAAAGCGAAGCGGGAAGCGAUCGAAAAGGAGAAGUUGCUGAAAACGAUGAAGGUGUUGCAGCAGCUCGACGAGAAGGUGCACUCGAAGAGGAGGAAGCGGGAGAGCAGCUCGUCGUCGUCGAGCAGCAGCAGCAGCGGCGGCGACGGCGACGUACGCAAAUCCAAGAGGAAACCGAAAGUCGGGGGAAGGAAGGGAAGGUCUAGGUCGCGGUCCAAGGGAAAAUCCAGGCGGAAGAGUAGCAGUAGCAGCAGUUCCAGUUCCGACUCGUCCAAGGAACGCAACCAUAAUUCGCGGAAAAGGCAUCAUUAAGUAAUAACCGGUCCAUAUUAAAGGCGGUUUAAUUCAAUGUUUCGGUUUGUAAUUUGAAGUUAUAA